AAAUACGAGAACAGCCUUUGAGCCGUAGAUUAGUUUCGACGAUCAUACGUUGAGGAUACCACGUAAAUCCUUGUCUUCCUGCUUUGAUUAUUUAUGUUUCGAUUACUCCUCCGUUUCAGCUUCGUUAACAUGGUAUCAGAGCUGACGAGUAUGAAGUUCGAUCAUAUGACGAAGCGACUCAACUCGAAGAACUACGCCAUCUGGGUGUUCCAAUUCCGGAUGAUGAUUGAAGGGAAAGGCUUCCUCGGCUUUCUUGAUGGCACUUCUCAUAAACCGACAGUUCCGUCGUCGACCGAUCAGGAGCUCUCUUAAUGUAUUCAAACUGACGCUCGGGUACAAUCAUUGCUUUUGAACUCUGUAGAUCGGACCAUUCUCUUGGGUCUCCGGUUUCUCUUGCCUCCUACUCUAAUGUUGUCCGCAUCUCUCUUGUCCCAGCCAUUACCUGCAGACGCUCAAGCCGAGCGCACCAAGAUCAGGCUCAUUCAGUUCCUGAUGUGGCUUCGACCCGAAUUCGAGCCUGUCCGAGCUACGUUACUCAAGUUCGGCGACUUCAGCUCCUCAUGAGGGUCCAGUUUAUGCCGCACAGCCCGCUUCGACGGCAACUCCUACUUCGGAUGGGGUUCUUGUGACCUCGGAAGCCCUUGAGAAAAUGGCGAAUAAGGCAAUUUCAUCCGCAUUUGCCAGUCUCCAAAUCUCGGAUAAUCUCCCUACAUGGAUAGUAGAUUCGGCCUAUUUCAAUCACAUGACGAGUAAUAGUUCUGUUCUUUAGAAUGUUUCUCUGGUCCAUGAUUUUUCCUUACAAGUUGCGGAUGGUACUAAAUUACGUGUGUCUGGUAUUGGUUCAGUUAAGGAUCCUUGUGUUUAAUUGCCUGCUACUCUGCAUGUUUCACGUCUGGUCCCUAAUUUGGUUUCUGUCGGACAACUUACUGAACAAGGUUGUCGUGUUGUUUGUGCACCAUCUGGCUGUGUUAUUCGGGACCUGAAGACGGGGAGGGAUCUCGGGAGGGGUAGCAAGCGCGGACUUAUCUUUGAGCUGGACAAGUUGGUUACAACCACGCCCACGUCCCAGCCAUCAUCAUCAUUAUCAAGUUCCACUUUGGUGUCUAAGGUCUCUUCAUUUCCUGUCUUUUUGAGUUUUGGUGAACAAAAUUUUCAGUUUUCGCAUUCACGGUUAGGACAUCCUAAUUCUCGUCAUCUUGAGGCUACGUUUCGGCAAAAUUUGUUUGGUAAAACUCCUAAACUUGGUCGUAUUUCGGAUUUUACUUGUACCAGUUGUGUGGAGGCCAAAAUGAUGUGACCAAAGUACGCAGCUUCAACGCCUUUUUAUGGUUUUCUGGUGUAGCCUUUCUUGAACUCGAAAAUAAAAAGAUAGGAUGGAAUCAAUCGGACAAUUCCUAACUCGUGAUGAAGGGAAAUUGGUAUAUUAAACCAAUCGGACAUCACCAACUCGUGGAAAGGGGCAAUUGAUAUAGGGUAGAUGCUCGCCACAACUAGACGCGUUCUCUAGUUGAUAAGAUACACGUACAAUCUCAUGUAAUCCUCAACAAACGUCUUGCACAAACGUUCACGAAGGAACACGAGUAAAAACUCUUUAAAUGAUAACUUGAAUAUUUUGGGUACAAAAUUCGUAGGUCUUGCACCCUCUAUUUAUAGAAGUCUCAAAAACAUAAAACUAACCUAAAGGAAAACAAAUAUCACACUAACUAAGAAAUAUAAUACUACUUAAAUAAGGACUAUAACUCGUUUUUAUGACCAAAGGAAGCUCCUUAGCAUCUAAGUAAUCUCCAAACACGUUUUUAAUGCUUAAGGAAGCUCCUUAGUGGUUAAGCAAUCUCUUUCCUUGUCCUUUUCACAUUUGGACAACUUGGGCAGCAAGGAUGGACGUUUUGGGCUCCAAGAAGUGUUGUAGGCCCGAUCCUUAAUGCAUUCUCUAUUUUAUCCAUCAAGAAUGCUCUAGUUGAUCCUUAAAUCGUCGAAUAUGAAUCUUCAUUUUUGGACCACGGGAAUUGCGCUAGUCGAUAUCGCAUCAUUCCCUCUCUCUUGAAGAAGAUUCGAACUUGAGGGGGAGCUGGGUUUUGGAUCCCAAACACCCAACGGACGAACCAAAGAGAGAGAGGGAAAUUUGAGGGCAUUCUAAGAGUAGAAUUGGAGGAUUUCUUCGCCUAGGAAGCUCGAGGAACAAACCCGGACUUGAAGA